CACUCUCCUCACACACAGAGCCUGGCAGAUCCCGAGCGGCGCUGACCGGGGCAUGGCUGCCAAGCGGAGCCCGCACCGCGCUGCCCCCGCUCUGCCCGCACACCGCCUGCCGCGGGAGGCUUGAUGGGGCUCUGGGGAGCGGAGGGCCCGGGAGGAGAGCCGGGCUGUGUCCGAGGUGAGCUGCUCCGGGUGGGGGGGCGGCAGGGCCCCCCAGGGUCAUCCUUCUGGGAGGAAACUUUCCAGGCUGGAGAGGGAUGCCAGGCCUCGGAGCUGCCACAAUGCCCAGGCUGGGGCCACAGGCACUAACAGGGGGCUCUGCUAUGGGUACCCUGGGUUAUAUAAUGAGCAGGCCUGGCUGCAAACUCAGGGGGCUCUGGGGGUAAGGGGGGCAGGGAGGGUAUUGAUACAGGUAGAGGGGGCUCUGGGGGUAAGGUAAGGGGCAGGGAGGGUGCAUUUAUACAGGUAGAGGGGCUCUGGGGGUAAGUGGGGGCAGGGAGGGUAUUUAUACAGGUAGAGGGGGCCUUGGGGCAGCAACAGGGAGGGUAUUGAUACAGGUAGAGGGGCCUAGGCAAGGGGUCAGGAGGUUGAUACAGGCAGAGGGGGUUCUGGGGCAGGGCUCAGGAGGGUAUUGAUACAGGUAGAGGGGGCUCUGGGGUAAGGGGGGCAGGGAGGGCAUUUAUACAGGCAGAGGGGGGCCUUGGGGGGUGUGGGAGGGCAUUUUAUACAGGCAGAGGGGGCUCUGGGGUAAGUGGGCAGGAGGGUAUUUAUACAGGUAGAGGGGCCUGGGGGCAAGGCGGUCAGGAGGGUAUUGGAUACAGGUAGAGGGGGCUCUGGGGUAAGGGGGCAGGAGGGUAUUUAUACAGGUAGAGGGGGCCUGGGGUGGGCAAGGAGGGCAUUUAUACAGGCAGAGGGGGGCUCUGGGGGUAAGGGGGGCAGGAGGGUAUUUAUACAGGUAGAGGGGCUUUAAUAAAGGAAGGGGAGGCAGGAGGGUAUUUAUACAGGUAGGAGGGGGCUCUGGGGCAGGGGGCAGGAGGGUAUUGACAGGCAGAGGGGGCUUUAAUAAAGAAGGGGGGCAGGAGGGUUUAUACAGAGGGGCUUUAAUAGAGGAAGGGGGGCAGGGAGGGUAUUUAUACAGGUAGAGGGGGUUCUGGGGGUAAGGGGGACAGGGAGGGUAUUUAUACGGGUAGAGGGGGCUUUAAUAAAGGAAGGGAGGCAGGGAGGGUAUUUAUACAGGUAGAGGGGGCUUUAAUAAAGGAAGGGAGGCAGGGAGGGUAUUUAUACAGGUAGAGGGGGCUUUAAUAAAGGAAGGGGGGCAGGGAGGGUAUUUAUACAGGUAGAGGGGGCUUUAAUAAAGGAAGGGGGGGGGGGAGGGUAUUUAUACAGGUAGAGAGGGCUUUAAUAGAGAAAGGGACAGGGUGGGUAUUCAGAUAGAGGGGGCUUUAAUAAAAGGAAGGGGGCAGUGAGGGUAUUUAUACAGGUAGAGGGGGCUUUAAUAAAGGAAGGGGGGCAGGGAGGGUAUUUAUACGGUAGAGAGGGCUUUAUUAGAGGAAGGGGGCAGGGUGGGUAUUUAUACAGGUAGAGAGGGCUUUAAUAGAGGAAGGGGGCAGGGAGGGUAUUUAUACAGGUAGAGAGGGCUUUAAUAGAGGAAGGGGGGCAGGGAGGGUAUUUAUACAGGUAGAGGGGGUUCUGGGGGUAAGGGGGACAGGGAGGGUAUUUAUACGGGUAGAGGGGGCUUUAAUAAAGGAAGGGAGGCAGGGAGGGUAUUUAUACAGGUAGAGGGGGCUUUAAUAAAGGAAGGGGGGCAGUGAGGGUAUUUAUAUAGAUAGAGGGGCCCUCUGAGGGUAUUUAUACAGGUAGAGGUGGCAGUGAGGGUAUUUAUAUAGGUACAGGGGGGUUUAAUAAAGGAAGGGGCAGUGAGGUUAUUUAAAUAGAUACAGGGGGCAGUGUGGGUAUUUAUACAGGAAUGGGUGUCCUCUGAGGGUAUUUAUACAGGUAGAGGGGGCAAUAAGGGUAUUUAUACAGGUAGAGGGGUCCACUGAGGGUAUUUAUACAUGUAGAGGGGGCAGUGAGGGUACUUAUAUAGCUACAGGGGGCUUUAAUAAAGAAAGUGGGCAGUAAGGGUAUUUAUAUAGCUACAGGGGGGGUUUAAUUAAGGAAGGGGGCAGUAAAGGUAUUUAUAUAGCUACAGGGGGGCUUUAAUAAAGGCAGAGGGACAGUGAGGAUAUUUAUAUGGGGCUUUAAUAAAGGGAUGGGGGCUUUUGAGGGUAUCUAUACAGGUGCAGGGGGCUCUCGAGGGUAUCUAUACAGGUGCAGGGGGCUUUUGAGGGUAUCUAUACAGGAGCAGGGGGGGCUGUGAGGUUAUCUAUACAGGUGCAGGGGGGGCUGUGAGGUUAUCUAUACAGGUACAGGGGGCUGUGAGGGUAUCUAUACAGGUACGGAAGGUGCAGUAAGGUUGUUUAGGUAAAUUGGGGCUGAGAGAGAAUUUAUAUUGGUGCAUGCGUUGAGUUGUGGGGACGUGUGUGUGUGUACACAAGGGGGUUGGAGGUAUUUAUAAGGACUGGGUUGCUUAUAAAUGCACAUAGGGAGACUGGACGUAUGUCUAAAAGUUCAUGGGGCUGUGGAGGUUUUUUUCAUAAAAAUGCAGGGGGCUGUGGCUAUAUAUAUAUAUGGACUGUUUAUAUAUGUGCAAGGGGAGACUGGAUAUUUUUGUUUAUAUAAAUAUGUAACGUGUUUUUAAAAUUUAUUUAUAUAUAUAUAUAUGUGUGUGUAUGUACAGGGAAAACUUAUAAGGCACGUGGGUGUGGCAGGGAGACUGGAGGUAUAUCUAAGGGUACAAGUGUCAAUUGUGAAUGUGGCUGCAGACCUCUAGCCGUUGAGAAUUUAGAAAUUUUGUUAUUGGCAGCUCGAUGCUCAUUGUAUGUCUAAAUGGAGCAUAUCCAUUAAACAGAAUACUGGAUGAACUUGAUUUGCAAGUCUCAAAUCCCAUGAUCUGCAUCUCUAUACCAAGGGAAAAGGAGAGCUUUAGCGGAGCAGUCUGUGCACAUUGCAUUGAUAGCCAGGACUUAUUGGAGAACCACCCCUGGGGUCCACUCUGCCUUAUCUUGACAUCUACAAGUGCAUUGCUUCCCAGUCCCUAUUUAUGUUUUGCUUUCUGUGUCAACAUUUCCUAAAUUCUCUACCCCUUUGCUUUGUAAUCCUUGAGUUUUGUUAUUAUUUUCAGCAAUGUUGAUCAGGUGCAAAAUAGAUUUUGUAAUAAUUUUAUAUAAUAAGUGACAACUGAAAAAAUAUAUAUAUUUUUUGCAUUUUGUAAGAAUGUUUACGUAGAACAGUAGAUUUCCAACCUACUUUGUGUCCAAGUGGAUGGAUUAUACCAGAAACGUACAUUGAUGUUGUAGCUGUAUCUUUUAAAAUAUCCAUGUUGAAAACGUUCAUCUCUUGAAAUUUAUUUCCUUACAGUCCUCAGAGUACGUGUGUGUGGUGACGUUAGAAUUUAUUUUUGAAUAAGUCGUAAAUGUACGGGCUUUUUGAUAAAUUUUUAAAUAUCUGGCUGAUUCGUGUAAUAACUAAGCGACGCGUUUGAUCUGGUUGUUUGAAUAUCUUCAUGGAGCAAGAAAGUAUUUUAUCACUCUAUUAUCUUAUUCUCUUACAAGUUUAUUGUAGUUCAAAGUACUGAUUGCUUUAUUGGCGCAAGAGAACAUUUUGAUUGUAACCGGUGUUCCUUUUUUUUACUGAGCAACAUAGCAAUAAAUCUUUGUAGAUGAAUGGAAGCGCUUUGCGUAUCUGGCUUUGUGAUGUGUUUUUUUAUUUUUUUUCCCCUCUCCUUUGCUGAUCUAAAAAUACUGCUCGCCAAAAGGAAUCCACUUGCUUAUAGUUAAUAGGGCAGCUAAGUGAACUUGGCAUUCUGCAAGACUUUGGUGUUUCUCCCCUAGAACAGAGUAUGGCUCCAUUAAUUUUUUUUACAUUUUUUUGUUAAAGCAAUAAGAAUCCUUAUAUUUCCAGCGGAAUCCCUUGGUUUCAACAUCCAUUGCUUUGUAUCCUGUUUUGGGGCAUUGUCCACCUGUUUUUAGAUGGUUUUAUAAGAGUUUUGUCAGUUCCACGAAUAAUCACUUUUAUUCCAUUAAUGGUUGAAUGAACUGUGCCCCAGCUCCCAAACCUUAACCUUACUUGACUGAUCUGCCAGGACUGUCAGAAAGAGGUUUGCCUCACACUUUGUCAUGAAGGAGUUACAUUUUGUUUGUAAUAUGUGCCGGGAACUAGUUUCUAUUCCGUCCCCCACCCCCCCCCCAACUGUAGUGCAGUGUGUUGUAGGUUGGUGGGAAUGGUAGUUUGUCAAUACAUAGCUGACUUAUGAGGAAUAGCUGAAAAUAUUGCUAAUAGUAUAACACUUUACUGUGAGCAUAGCAUCUGUUUAAUGUUUUGUUUGUUGAUUUAAUAAACAUCAUGUACACCAGAAGCGAAAAUAUUUCCUUGUGAUCUUGUGAGAUUUCAUUAAAAACAACCUAUCAAGCUGUGAGAACUCUGACACAAACCGACAAAAGCUGGUAGCCAUCUUUUUUUAAAACCUAUUUUAGAGUGAAUUAAAUCCAUAAGGCUUUUUCCAUUUGAAAAAGAUGUUAAAAAAAACCAAAUAGGACCCAGCAAAACCUUUUGAAUUCCAUCUUUGAAUUUUUAAGGGAAACUCCCCCCUAGUGGAGAGUAAACACAGCAAGUGGUAAAUGAUAACUAUAGACCAGGGGGUGAAAAAUCCUGAUAUUUACAAGUCCCUAGACACCCAUGUUCAUGUAAAUCUAACUUUUCUUAACAGAAGUCGAGCAGAUGACAUAGAGAAAUUAAACAUUUUCAGACUAUCCAAAGGAUGGUCCUAUUUUGGGGAAACGUUUUAAAUAUUUUAUUUUAAACUCUAAAGGAUGAGUCCCACAUACUCAUCAUGUUAUGGCUGUAUCUGUUGGACCUCUCAACACAUUUAUCAGCUUGUGUUCAAUAGGGUUACGAAGUCAUGUAAUAUGUAAAGCAUUUCAGUAGCUGACAAGCUUGCAAACAUGUUUUUUGUAACCUGGCAGAAUGUGCCAUGUUAAGGAGGCACAGGCUGCUGUGGCAGGCAUGCAGACAGUGAGAUGUUGUUGGUCAAGGCAUUAAAGCAUUUACAGGUGCAAGUGUAUAAAUUUGCUAUUGCUUAAAAAGGCUUCGUUUUUUUUAGUUGUCUGUGAACAGGGAUAGUUUAAGGCUAGAUGGAAAUGUCUUUAUACUUGUUUCAGGCAUGUACAUGCCUUUGUCCUUUUAUGUGUUUCUUUGGUUCCUUUUAUUUCAGCUGUCUUCUUUACUGGACUAUAAAAAGUAAAUUUCAUGUUUAUAUUCUGAACUGUCACAUAGGAUGGGUCUUUUGGUUUGGAAAGGUUUUUAACUUGAUUUCUACAAAUAGUUUUUGAUUAAAAUCCUCACAGGUAUCCAUUAAUGUUUCUGCUCUGUUUUUGUAGUAAGCAAUGAAUGUGUUGUACAUUCUGUAAAUGUUUGAUGCAAGGAUGUUUUGUAUUACUACAAAUUAAAAUGGUAUUUUAAAAAGGUGCAUGUAAUGGUUUUAUCGUAGUUUAACAACUUGCAGAGUUGGUAUGUAAAAUGGAAUGUUAAUUAAUAUACUUUUUUUUUUAUCUUACAGGUAGCAAACUUUUAUCCAGCACCUUCUUUAAACAAUGCAGAGAUAAUAAAUUGGAGGAUUAAUUAUCACUGUGUAAGCGGACACCAUCAAAAUGAGUGUCCAGGGGAAAGGUUUCCCUUUGGACUUGGGGGGAAGCUUUACUGAAGACGCACCAAGACCACCUGUUCCUGGCGAGGAAGGGGAACUGAUUACAGCAGACCCUAAACCGUUCAGUCACAGUUACUACUCAGCAAAAAGUGAUGGCAUCAAAAAUGAGACCUCCACGGCCACUCCAAGGCGGUCGGACCUUGAUUUGGGCUAUGAGCCGGAAGGCAGUGCUUCGCCUACGCCUCCAUAUUUAAAGUGGGCAGAAUCCUUGCACUCUCUGCUGGAUGAUCAGGAUGGAAUUAACUUGUUCAGAACUUUUUUGCAGCAAGAAAAUUGUGCAGAUCUUCUUGAUUUCUGGUUUGCUUGCAGUGGCUUUAGAAAGCUGGAACCCAGUGACUCCAAAGUGGAAAAGAGGCUAAAACUGGCAAAGGCGAUCUAUAAGAAAUACAUUCUUGACAGCAAUGGCAUUGUGUCACGGCAAAUCAAACCAGCAACUAAAAGCUUCAUAAAAGAUUGUGUCUUGAGGCAACAGAUAGACUCAGUAAUGUUUGACCAGGCCCAAACAGAAAUUCAGUCAAUGAUGGAGGACAACACUUACCCUAUAUUCCUUAAAUCAGACAUAUAUUUAGAAUACACUACUGUAGAUGGAGAGAGUCCUAAGAUUUAUAGUGACCACAGCUCGGGAUCUGGGACGGGUAAAGGUCCUUCUGGAUAUUUGCCUACCCUGAAUGAAGAUGAGGAGUGGAAGUGUGAUCCAGGCAUUGCAGAUGAAGGAGAGCGAGACUCUUCUUCAACCAGGAUUAACAAGAGGCUCAUUCUAGAAGCUGCAUCACAUUGUAUAGCACCCACCAGAAGGUUGAGCGACUCUCUUGAAUUCAGGUAUGUGUGAUGUAAACUCCUCAGUAUCCAGAGCAUUGUGUCUGGCUUUCAAAGCGUUGAUGGGGCCUGUUUUAAAAUCAGUGCUCCUUUGGGGUCUAUGGUUUUGGCCAGUUUUAGGGAUUGUAGCACAAUUUCACAUACUAGGAACCGUGCCAGGGAGCUCUGGCAAACUUUAAGGUGGCAGAAAUAGUAAAUCAAGUAUCUUAAACUCAUAUACGUUUACUGAAAACUUUUUAUUUACAAGAUAAAGUAAGUUUUAUACCCUACGUUAAAUAAAAGACUAUAUUCCUUUUUAAAAGCUUUGCUGUCACCUCUUAUCAAAGUCUUGCCUUCUGACUUUGCCAGUUCCCAUGUUAUUAUGAGAAUGUAUUGAGGAUGGAUUACUCAGUCUUGAGGGAACAUUGUAUUAUGUCUAUGAAAUAGUACGAUGUCUGAAUGUACUUGGUCAAUGGUGAAUUCAGGGUACACGUGGGAGUAAGUGCAGACGACAUACUACACCCCUCGUGAUUGGCUAGAGAGCAAGAGUAGCAUAAACAGGAACAAGUGGGAGGAGAAGUCUGGCUCUCUUACAUAUAUUCAUAUAAUUGUACAUGCUGUGUAUGUUAUUUCUUUGUCCUGUAACUAAAGAUUCAUACAAAUUCAUUGCAUAUUUUCUUUAGCAAUAAUUUACUGCGGGUAAAAUCAAUGUUAAACUUUAGGAGACAUCUCUUGUUAUUUUCAUGUGCCCCAAAUUGAUGAGUUUUUUUGUUGCUUUUUUCCCCCUUCAUUUAAUUUUUCAAUGGACAACCCCAGACUGGAGAUGACGUUUAAAAAAAUAAAAAUAAUAAUAAUUUUUUUUUACAUGUAUUUAAACUUUUUUUUUUUUUUUUUUUGGUUGUUCAGUGUUAAACAUAAGCUGGAAGGACCACUAUAGUGCCAGGAAAACAUACUUGUUUUCCUGGCACUAUAGUGCCCCCUCCCGCCGGGCUGGAUGGCGAGGAAGGGGUUAAACUUACCUCUUUCUCCAGCGCCGGGCGGGGAGCUCUCUUCUUCCGCUGAAUGCGCAUGCACGGCAUUCACAAUGCUUUCCUAUGGACGCUGGCGUCUUCUCACUGUGAUUUUCACAGUGAGAAACACACAAGAGCCUCUAGCGGCUGUCAAGAGACCGCCAUUGGAGGCUGGAUUAACCCAUUUAUAAACUACUGCAAGGGAUUAUGGGUUAUAAACCCAUUUAUAAACAUAGCAGUUUCUAUGAAACUGCUAUGUUUAUAAAAUUUUAAAAAAGGGUUAACUUCAGCAUUAAGCUGAAGUGGUCUGGGUGCCUAUAGUGGUCCUUUAACAACGACAUGUAAUAAAAUAUAUGAUAACAAGACUUGUAGUCAAGUUAAGCUGUACUUUUUUUUAUUUGUUUAGUAAAAUGAAAACACAUGAUAGAGAUCAAAUGCAGAAAGACAAGUCCUGCGCUCACUCCCAUCACUGGGCGGCAGCUGUGACUACAGUACAGAUCAGCCCCAAUAUAUAGUAAAAACCAAAGAAAAACAAGUUACCUGCGCUCUCUCCUUAAUCCCUAUGUAUUUUUAAACAAAUUGUGUUUUUUUUAGUUACCUCCAAUGCCCAUAGAGAUCAGUUUAAAAAAAAUACCAUUGAAAUGCAUUAUCCAAAUGUAUGAGUGUAGUGUAACAUAACCGUGGUCUUUCUUCACUAACAAAAAAAGUGGGGGACGACAACAAACUAAAUGUGCAUAGGAAUUGAACAUGGCUGUCAACCAACACAAAUGAUAAGGGUGACUGGGUCACAAUCAUGAGCAUUAGCUAAAUAGUGCGUUAACAUAUGAACAAAUUGACCUGACUGGUGUGCCAGUGUUAAAGAAUGAAUAGAGCUAAAAACUAAGAGGGCUCGUGCUAACCCCCAAUGAUACGGAAUUUUUCUUACCUGCAGUAUCUGUAAUAAAGGUCUCAAGGACCGGCGAUAGGUCAGUGAGCAGCAAAGUGGAUUCCUCAAACGAGAUUAGGGUCUUCCCCUUUAGAGCCGCCUGGAGUGUGUAGGGCCUUGUGUUGUAGUGAUUGGAACUGGACAUUGAGGUCUGGAGCUGCAGUGGGCGGCGCACCUACUGGUUUAGGUAUGCAAAACAUGCCGUCUAGUUUUAAUGCUUUGGUGUGUUUAACCCCUUAAGGACACGUGACAUGUCAUGAUUCCCUUUUAUCCCAGAAGUUUGGUCCUUAAGGGGUUAAGUGGUAAGAAGGCUGUGAAUAAUUGCCAGAGAACGCAAGGUAUGUCUGCGAUCCCCAGCGAUUCAAGUAUGCCUCUAAUCUUUAGGUUGUACCGUCUUCAUGGAUCCUCCAAGGCAUCUACUCUUCUUUUGGCCCACAACUUUGGCUGCUGGAGUUGUGCGUGGCCAUGAGUGGUGUGCGAGGCCUCCAACUGGGCGAUCUUUGUAGUUGUGCCCUCCAAGGCUUUCUUAAAGUGGGCCAUGUCCCCUGCAAUAUUUGUGUAGAGCUUGGCAAGCAUUGCCUUCCACUGAGCUGCGGUGAACGGUUCCCGGUCCUCCGUUGUGUCGUUUAGGUUCCAAAUUCUGAUUGAGCGAGGCCCUUUCUCUUGGGGGGAGAUGACCUCUUUGUAUUAUGCUUUGUUUGGAGAAGAGGAACAUUUAUCAGUAUCCCAUUAUCAAAUAGUUUUAUCUGUAAGCAGCAUAGUGAAUGGGGGCCGAGAAGCCCUUGCACCAUUACAUAUAGAAGAUUCCUGGAUUUUUAUGGUGGUUGGAGUGUUUCUUCAUAAAUUUCUAAAAGUGAAACAGCCAGCCUGGAUUAUAACAUUUACCGUAUAUACUCGUGUAUAAGUCGAUCUCAUGUAUAAGUCGAGUGCAGUUUUGUGACCAACAAUUGUGAAAUAUGCUAUGCCUCGUGGAUAAGUCGAGGGUAAAACUUGGGGCUAUGAAAUUCUGUGAUUUUUAUAAUUAUAUACACACACACACUCAUACAAACACACACUCUGCAUUAUAUACACACACUUAUACAAACACACACUUAUACAAACACACACUCUGCAUUACACACACACACACUCAUACAAACACACACUCUGCAUUAUAUACACACACUCUGUGUAUAUAAUGCAGAGUGUGUAUAUAAUGCAGAGUGUGUUUGUGUAGUGUGUGUGAACUGGGUGGGGGGAGGGCAUUUUUAUUAUUUAAAAAAAAAAUUUAUUUUAAUAUUAUUUUUUUAUUUAAAUUUUUUUUUUGUCCCCCCCCCCUCCCUGCUUGUUAACUGGUCAGGGAGGGGGGCUAUCUUAAUCCCUGGUGGUCCAGUGGCAUGGGCUGUGAAGUGGGGGGGGCCGGCAGGAAGCAUUUACUUACCUUUCCUGUAGCUCCUGUCAGCUCCCUUCUCCUCCGUUCCGGUCAGCUCCACUGUAAGUCUUGCGGUCUGGUUGCCGCGCGGAUCGUUGCCAUGACUCUGACGGCCGCGGCUCUCUAAGUUGCUAUAAUACAGACAGUGACUCGAGUAUAAGUCGAGUGGGGGUUUUUAAGCACAAAAAAUGUGCUGAAAAACUAGACUUAUACUCGAGUAUAUACUGUAGGUUUAGCGACUGCUUCUGUAAAAGUGAGCAUUUGUUUUUCUUUCCUUUCACAAGGGAAAUAAAUGUUAUAUUCAAUCUAUAAAGUACCAUAUAUAAAAAAAUGUUUGGUUUCCCACCUUGUAAUCUUUUAAUUGCUACCUUAUCUCCUGCGUUUAAUUAUCGUUAGAAUUUCCCAGUAAUUGUAAUAUGUUACUUAUUCUCAAAUUCACUUUGGUAUAUCUGUGUUUAUUUGCUAUGGUAUCAUAAUAGUUUUUUAGGCAAGUGCUAAAUGAUUUUGUAGUCCUGUUUUUUUGGUGGGGUUUUUUGUUUUAAAAAAAAAUUAUUUAUUUUAUUAGUGCAUAAGGUAAACAAUCGUGACUGCGCUGCCACAACAACAGGCGCAGUCAGGUAAUCAAACAUAGUAUAACAUAUGCGUUAACAUGACAGCAUUACAUCUUGUAUGGUGUUGGUUUAGAGUGAUGAAAGCUAGUGUUUCUCACGUAGUGAGACGUGAAGUUUGCAUCUGCUAUACGUAUUGGACAUUUUUUAUUUUUUUUUUAUUUUUUUUUCAUCAGGGUUGUCAGUCACAUAGGGCAACCAGGUGACCUGGGGUUUAGGGUAUAGUGUUAGCAGGCAUAUAUUUGUCACUGGUGAGGUGGUCCUAUGGUGGGUGUUUACGGAUGGUCAAUGAGGAAUGUGUAGGUGUAUGGGUGGCAGGUCAGGCAGUUAUUCAUCCAUGCCGGUGUGUGGGUUAUGUUCGUUUCCAGGGUUUAAUCGCAUCGUGUAAGGGAUCUGUCAGGUGAGCAGUACGGGUUGUCAGGGCGGUGGUGGCUCUGUGGCCUUGAGUUUGGUGUAACCCGGUGAGUGCAGAUGCGGGUGGGUGAGAGGCCCCUAAUCUAAGGAGUGUAGUCCAGGUUUUAUCUACAACAUUGUCUAUAUGGUGGUGAGAUGCUUAAAUGGUUACUCCAAUCAUAAACCAGUUUAUUAAGAAAACACUGGAUUUGUUUAGAGUAACCCUUCCAAUGAUGGUUUCCACAGUCAAAGUUUAAUAUAACAAUAAUAAUAUAUAAUCUCGCGUACCUCCAUUCCAGAGCUCAUACAAAGUUCUCAGCCAAGCCAAACACUACUCUUAGCUGCCAGGGGUGUGAGGUGGGGGAGGAUACUAUACAUGCUAUGCGUGUUAACAUCAGACGUCCAUUAUGCAUAGAAUGAGUAUUAGUCUUUCUGUAUCUCUUAUUCUGGGCUGGAUAAUGACGCUGCUAGAUGUUGAGUUAGAGGACUGGCAAUAGAAGGCUUAAACUCUGUAUUCGCAGCGUUUUCAUUUCAAAACACUGCACAGCGAGACUCCAGUGAUUUUAAGUGGUCAUAGUGCCGAAGUGCUCAUUUUGCUGGGAGCAACCUUAAGGUGCAGGAAAAUGAAAUAUCCGCUUGCUGCCUAUAGAAUGACAAAGCGCUAGGAACUUGACAUUCUACAACAGGGGUGCUCAAAAGGUAGGUCCCCAGAUGUUUUAAAACUACAGCUUCCAUGAUGUUUUGCCAUUUUAAAGGGAUGCAAAGAAUCAUGGGAGUUGUGGUUCUACAACUUCUGGGGAGCUACCUUUUAGGGACCCCUGCUCUACAACAUGUGGGGAUUUACCAUAUGCCCAUCCCUAGCCUAAAGUAAAUAUAUUACCCAAACAAGCCUCAUGCUGAUGAGUUGCAUUACUAACGAAACAGCUGUCCUUGAGUGGUUAUCUGGUUUUGAUCCUCUUCCUGAGUUGCGCUUAAAAGCGGUUGUAUACAGCAGAUAUAUGCUGCAAGGAAUCAAUGUAUAAAAUGGAAUAAAUGAGGCAAAAAGGUGGUUCUUUGUUGAAUAUGCCCACCCAUAAUCCCUUGCAGUAGUAACAAGUCUUAUGGCUUGUUUGGUGUGUGCAGACCUGUGUUUAACAAUGUAUUUACUAUUACCCAGACAAAAAAAGCUAAACUGUGAUGCGUUCGUUCCACAGUCUGGGCCAAGUUUCAAAUCUUCUCAUGCAUUUCGUGUGCCAACUAGUACAUUCAUAAUAAGUUUUGCUUCUAUUUACUAACCACUGUUAUAAAAAAAAAUUUUUUAACAUCACCUCAUCUUAUAUAUCGCUUUUACAGACCUCACUGGAGAAGAGGGAAGUAUUGCUUAAAGAAUUACUCCAAGCUCCAUGACCACUUCAGUGAUUUGUAGAGGUCAUGGCGCCUGUAGUCAAAUUGUGCAUUUGAAAUGCUUCACAUACUGAGUUUAAUCUGCUUCCAGAGGUUUUCUUCCCUUACGGUAUAGUCAUUGGGUUGUCCAUAUCCAGUCCGGAACAAGAAUUCUGUGUUUAUAGCUAUACAUAGUCCCUCAGUCAUUGGCUGCGAGUGAUCAGCUGAAGAUCUCAGCCAAUUAAUCAGUGGCAGAAUCGGUAUCCGGCUUCUGCAGUUCUUCUAAAGCUCAAUGAUGUUACCCUUGUUUUAGAGUAGACCCAACGCCUGACUGGACUUAUUACCAGGCAACACGCAUGGUAGUCCUCAUCUUAACCACUGCAAUGGGCUGUCAUGGUUAUGAUGCUUAGAGUACCCCUGUAUAGAGAUACAGGGCUCCAUAACCACAUCACUUGGAGUGAUUAUGGUACCUGGGUCUACGGCACCAGAUCCCACAUCAGUUAUGCGGUUUACCCAACAUUUCCCCUGCAUUAAACCAAAGCCCUCAAAUUACAAUUAGAUCGAGUUGUGCUUUCUUAUGACCUACUAGUUCUCAGCACGGAUUUCUAUCAGUAACAGGCUGAGCGUUCUGGUUUUUUUUUGUUUUGUUUUUUUUUUUGUUUUUUUUAGCAUGUUUAACUUUUACCUGGAGUCCACCAGGCUUAGAUGGAUGGUAUAACAGUGUAUUUUUGUAUAACAUUAUUCAGUUAUAUUUCUGCUGAAUUUAGCAUUGCACAAUCCGCUAUAAAUUCAGAUGAGUGUUCCAGCUAAAUGUUGUUGUAUUCUAUGCAAGUGUUUGUGUGGUCAAUUCCCCCAACUUGGCUAUUGCAAAAGGUAAAAAUCAGUCUACAAAGUCACAGCAAGAUGUGUUUUACACCAAAGCAUAGAAAGUAUGUUUGAGAGCAACAUUAAAUGUGCAUGUCUUUUUAUAACAAGAAAUAACAGGUGCUUGAGAAUUCAGUCGUCACCUUAUGUUUUUCUUUUCUUCUUCUUCCAUUUAUUAAUGGAAAAAAUGUAAGCCAACCUCCGCAACUCUCCAUGAGGAAUGUUUCUCUAUGCAGCAAGCUUUCGGCUUUAUUUCCUUUAAUGACUCUAAACACGUUAACUCUUAUAGUUCCUCAGGAGUGAGCAAUAUGUUGCAUAUAUUGUUUCAUGGCAGUCCCUCUCAGGUCUCGAAAGUUUAAAUGGCUGAUUGUAAGCUGCCAACUACCUGCAGUUGUUGCCCGCUCUGCCAUUAUAGUGCAGCUUGCAUUAUUUGGCUAGUUUUGCUCUGUAUUAAGCAAUACUGGUGCAGAUACUUUAGCUGUGGUGGGGAAAAUUUUGCUUUUCGGAAGGCUCCUUAUUAAACACUCGAACAGAAGCAUUUAGACAGUGUUCCUUAGGAACACGUGUGUAUAUAUAUAUCUUUGUUUUGAAGACAUCGGAAAUCUCCAAUUCCCACAAAUGCUAUCUGGAAUCCAUACUACAUGGUGUCCAGGUAGCUAUUUACCAUCUUAUUGGUCUGGCCAGUGAUCCAGUUUGCCAGUUGGAAAAACUGGCAAACUGGAUCACUGGCCAGACCAAUAAGAUGGUAAAUAGUGGGGGAAAUUUUGCUUUUCGGAAGGCUCCUUAUUAAACACUCCUCGAACAGAAGCAUUUAGACAGUGUUCCUUAGGAACACGUGUAUAUAUAUCUUUGUUUUGAAGACAUAGGAAAUCUCCUAUUCCCACAAAUGCUAUCUGGAAUCCAUACUACAUGGUGUUCAGGUAGCUAUUUACCAUCCUUUUGGUCUGGCCAGUGAUCCAGUUUGCCAGUUGGAUCCAUACAUCAUUACAGCCUAAGGGCCAAAACAUUGUAUCCUUGUUUCUGCAUUCCACAAUAAAACUAUCUUGUCUAUCCUACACUGCGCAGCCUGUGGCUCUUCUCUUGUGUCCCGAUCAGCAAACUGUAAGAAGCGUCCUUUUUAAUUUUUAUGAUGCAGAGAUCACCAACUGCAUGGUCCAAUUAGGGAAGAUCUGGCUGUACCACAUGUCAUCCCCUAAAACAAAAUAAAAAGGAUCCAAAACAGAAGUAAAUAGCUUUCCUGCAUAUUACAAAUGAGCAAUUUGUUCAUCUUUUUGACAUUGUCUGAUACAAAUGUUUACCAAUCUAUAGUUCAGAUAAUUGUGAUUUCACAUCCCGUUGUUACUUUGUUCCUGCCAAUUCAGUGCGUCAAAUCAGCCACCUAUCGUUUUAUUUUAGUGAUGUGUCAGUGGAUCAAUCAAUUGGUUAUAUAUGUUGAAUUUCAUGUCCUGUAACAGUUUUGGAGAGUCAACUCAGACAUUAGCAGAGCUUUCCUAUUCCGUUGUAAUUAUUGCAGUUCCCUGCACAAAUUGGAAAAUUUCAAUCAUUAUGGAAAAAAACUCCCAGCUUGUUUUCACUUUUGAGUAAAUCUUUGAAGCUGUCGAUACUGUGGAAAUCGUGUUUAAACAAUCAGCUGACCUGAUUUUCCUGGAAACCGUACCUGCUGAAAUCCCAACUUGCUGAUUUUCCAUUUGGCUAGACGCCAUCGAACAAGCCUUGUGCCCCCUGUUUACUCUGUGCAUUAAAGAUCUGUUUUAUUUCUGAUUCUAUGCUGUCUUUAUAAAGCUGCUUUCAAAUUCAUCAGAGUAGCGCGUGGACUAAUUUAAAUGAAUAUAUUAAUAAAAUAUGGAGCACUUCAAAUGUCACAUAAUUACAUAGCCUACUUAAAUGUAGGAAGAGAGACAAAUGGGCACCUUACCAUCAAAUGUAUAUAAAAAUAAGCAUGCCAUCCGAUAUGGGCAAGUAUAGGUUCUUGUGACUUGCCUAGCCAGACUUUAAGCUUAUUGGUAAGUGUUUUACUUUGUAUACAGUGAUUUCAAUAGCUAUAACACUCUUGGGAACUUUAUCUAUGUUGGAACAUGUUUGUUAUAGUUGUUUUUUUUCUCUCUCUGUGAUUUCCAAAAUAUUAGACAGUUAUAUGACUGACAGGCUUGUAGGGACACUCUGAGCACCAAAACAACUUUUAGCUUGAGUGGUUUUUAUGUAUAGAUCAUGCCCCUGCAGUCUGCUUGAUACUCUGCAAUUUAGGAGUUAAAUCGCUUUGUUUAUUCAUCCCUAGACGCACCUCCCUUGCAUGUGACCUACACAGUAUUUCCAUUCCUGAAAGUGAGAUCUAAUAUUUUAACUUCUCCUGUUCUGUUAAUAGCCUGCUGGAGCCUGCAGGAACAUCCUGUGUGUGAUUAAAAAGGUCCCACUCCCGCCAGGCUGAAGGCGGAGGGUUAACCACUCACCUUUCUCCAGCGCCGGGCUCCCUCGGCGCUGGGGACUCUCCUCCUCCUUCGGUCAUCGGCCACGCGCGCAUUCAUGCUUUCCUAUGGACACUGGCGUAUUCUCACUGUGAAAAUCACAUAAGGACAGCCAUGAGACAGCCACUAGAGGCUGGAUUAACCGAUAUGUAAGCAUAGCAGUUUCUUGGAAACUGCUAUGUUUACAGCAGGCAGGGUUUAUCUUAGAUGGACCUGGCACCCAGACCACUUCAUUGAGCUGAAGUGGUCUGGGUGCCUAUAGUGGUCCUUUAAAGCAGGAAACAAGAACACCGAAAGUGUAUUAGAUAUACUCCACAAUGAAACAAUAUCUAAUUAUAUAUAAACAGCUUGUAAAAGCUGCAGAUAUCUUGUCUGCAGCCUUUGUAAUCCCUCCCCUUAUAACUCUGCCCAGACUUUCUGUAGCUGUCCAAUCACAGACUUCCCAAUGCAGCUCAGUGAGACAUCUUUGCAAGACAAGUGCUUUGUGGAAUUGCUGCCUCUUGAGUUUAGCUUCACUGAACUAAACAACCAGGAAGCAACAGGAUCGGUUGUCUGACUGAUGGCCAGGAUGGUGUAACCAAGUUAAUUUAUAAAAGUGCCAAUUUCUAUUGAAAUCUGUACUUAUUGUCAAAAGAAGAGAACACUCUCUUCAACAAAGCUAAAGUUGUUUUGGUGCUCAGAUUAUCCACUUUAUUACUUUGAUUUAUAAAGCACCAGCAUAUUCUGCAAAGCUAUACAUAAGGUGGACUAAUAUUUGCAACAAUACCUGAUUGAUGGAUGUUCAGGAACAGAAGGUGGUGAGGGAUCUGCUCAAAAGAACUUAGUCUAAAGAAUAUAAUAAUAAAAUAUAUAUAUUUGUCUGUGCAUUUAACAGUACAGGAUUUAGAGCUACGUUACCCUCUGUCUUAAUAUACAUGUAUUUUGAUUUGUAUUAUUGAUACUAAUUGUGCUGUCAAGUUUUUUGUUUUUUUUUAUAUAUAUAUAUAUAUAUAUAUAUAUAUUUUGUGUGUUUAUAUAUGAACCCUUUUGCUAAAUGUAUGUAGGUUUUUUUUGUUUUUUUGGUAAUGUAACCUUUUUCAAUCUGAUAUUCUAUUUUGUGAUUUUGUUACUGUCACAUUUAUUUUACAUACUGCUGGAAUACCAGUCUAUUUUUUUUUUUCCUCUCCCUACCCCAAAUUUCCAUCUCAGAUAUUCCAGUAUGUGUUCACACAUUUGACAUUCACAGUGUGACUAAUGGCUGCUGCUGGGAAGGGGAGAAAUGAACUUGGGGGGGCAGACCUCUGAGCGGUUCUCUGUGGGGCUUUCUUAUCUUCUAGUCAACCUUUUUGAGCAACCUGACAGAAUAAACACUUCUAAAGGCCUCCCGCGUGGGCAGCACUUAACCGUAUUUAUGCAACCCUAACAAUCAUGCACUCAAUUAUUUCCCAUUCACUUUGCUUCCAAUAGGCACCUGAGAUGCUUCCCUCAGAUUCGUGUUAGUAUGAUAUAGGCAUCAGUCAGGAUUGGAUUAAUGAUUUCCUGAGUUCUUUGCAGUAUUGGCAUCCUAACACAACUUUGUAGUAAAGGCUUAAAGCUAAAUAUCUGCAAAUGAAUCUGUUUACUGCCUAGUUGCAUCAUGUAUUUUUCCCUUCUUUCUAAAGCAUGUGUCUUUAACCCUUUCGGGUCAGUGUCCCAGAUGCUUGGCGACCCUUUCUUUAAUUGGAAAAUGAGCUUAGCGACCCAUUCUUUUAGAACAAAUUUCACAAAAACACCUUAAAGUGGCAGUCAUGUGUUUUGUUUUUUUUCUUUCAUUUUUCCUUAUGCUCCUUCUAUCAUGAUUUAUAAUCCUUUCCUUGUCGUUUGCCUUUUUAUUUAAAUGUUAUGGUUUUUCUUAGCACUUCAUCUUAAAACCUGAGAGCCUCCAUUUUGUUCUCUUCUAUCCAUGAAGUGUGCUUUUUUUUUUAGUGGGAAUCUGUGGACUAAUGGCUUGUGUGAAAACUAGCUUAGCAACUUGAAUGGAACUUUGCUUAAGCGCUGCCUAUUGCCAAAGAUCACGCUCCCCAUGAUUACAAGCUGUCCUUAUUUUGUUACGUAUAAGUAAAAAACAUAAAAUAAAGAAAUAGUGGAAAGAGACUCUAUGAAUGACUGUGCCACUUUACGUUUGAGGUAAUAAAAUAUCCCAACUCUCAUGAACCUUAUCCAUGGACUCGCCGUGUUUUUGAAGUCACCUUAUAGUGGUUGUACGUGGCUAAUGGUUGCAAGUAAAGUAUUUGAAUGCCCCUCCAGUUACAUACAUUAUAGAAGUGUAGCUGUAAAUUGGUAUAGUUGUGGAAAAUUGUAAUUUUGGGAAUUAUAAUUCAGAGAUUGGCUCUUUCUUACUGAUGUUUACGUAUGUGGCUCUGUUUGUGUAAAGAUGUGUCCGUUCUUUCUCCAGGCUGGCUGAGAGCAGCCGUUUUGAUUGCUAUGGUGACCUGGUGUGAGGAAAACAGUGGAAUGUCACAAUCAUUUUUUUCGGGGUGGGGGGAUCAACAUCAGGUCUAGUUACGGUAAUACACCAUCUCAAGAACAGCUGCUAAAGGAUUUUAUUUUUAUAGACUUUGCUGCUAAGCUGUUUUUGAUCUCUGCUUCAAAAGUCAAGUAAUGCGCCAAUGAAGAGAAGUUUCCCCCUUUAUAUACAGCAUUUCUGCACUCAGUAAAUUUUACAAAGUUAACUAUUGCUGAGCUUUUUCAACUGAUGUUAACCAUCCUAACUUACCUUGAAGAAAAAACAUCCUCCUCUAUGUAUAUAAUGUAUCUUUAUAUCCACUCCAGCGCUCACUGCUUUUACUUUUUAUAAUGCAAAACAUGUCUGUUGCUAUAAAAAGUACAUAUCAUUUUUAUUUUUUUUUUAAAUUGUGCCAGACUUGAGAUUUAGCUUCAUAGAGAAUAUUUUGCCAAAACAUUGAACUAGUUGAAAAACCAGUAAAUGAAUAGAUUAAGCCGUUUCACAACGCCGUGAGUCUAGCCGUAAAGAAAACCAACGUGAAGGCUGCAGAUACAAUGUAUCAUUACAGACAGCUACAGACAUCCCAUUCACUAGACUGUGUGUGUGUAUAUCUUUCUAUACAUCUGCUUAGAAUUCACCUGCAGACCUUAAGAAAUAAUCAUCAGCUUAAAGUAGUAUUUAAGUAAUUAUACUCUGGCUAGUAAAACUAUUAAGUCUAUAAAAUAAUGGGGCACUCAACCACCGUAGAAUGCUGUAGUAGCUAUGGUGGUUAUGGUGCCAGAUGUCUUAUAGUAAAGAAACACCAUUGCCCAAUUACAAAAAUACAAUAAAACAUGAAUGCAUUUAUUAAUUGGGCUUGCAUAUAAAAACCGGUUGCCAAAGUUCCAAAUCUCAUGUCUUCUGUCUUUGCAAGCUCUACCCUGCCCACAUUUUCUGUGGCUGUCCAAUCACAGGCUUCCCAAUGCAGCUCAAUGAGAAGUCUUUGCAAGGCAGGUGCUCUGGGCAAUUGCUGCCUUUUCAGUUUAGCUUCUCUCAGUUAACCAAACAAGGAAGUAACAGGAACUGUUGUCUAAUUGACAGCCAGGAGGUGUACCAGGGCUAAUUUAUAGCGCUCCACUCAUUUAAACAGUAUAACCUAGAUAUUAUAUCCAGACUACACUAAAUUCACUCUGGUUGUAUGUUAUACUUAGUGGGGGUAAGAGAGCACCCACUAGAAUGUGUAGCUGCUUUUAUUUUUUUUUUUUACCUAAUUGUACCUGUAAGCGCACUUUACACAGCAACUAAUUUGCACACUUUGUUAAUUUAUCCAAGUGCCAAAUUUAAUUACAAAAAGACCAUCCUCUCACUCACCUAGGUUCCUACUAAAUUUAUAGCAUGUUCCUCCAGUUGUCUGAGAUCUUGCUCAAUGACACUCUUGUGCCCUCUACAUGUUACCAGUAGCUCAACUCUCCGUUAAUUUGCUCUAGCCAUCACUUCAAAAUAGCAUCAUGUCUCAUAUCCCCAUUUUAUCCUUUAGACCAGGGGUAGUCAACCCUUUUCUACCUAAAGCCCACUAAUGCAGCUUUCUUGAUGGGAAAAGUUCCUUACCGCCCACCAGUUUUCGCGCAAGUGCAGAAUAUUUUUUAGAAAGGAGGGUGUUUAAAAAAAUAAAAAUGUACGUACAUUUGUCUUUUUAUUUCUACUUUAUGCAUGUUUAUAAUGUUUUUAACUUUAUAAAGUUUAAUGAGAAAACAAAGUAAAUUGAAAUUACGUUUACUAGUGAUUAAUGAGAUCCUUAAGGUUGAUGCUGCGAGACUAAAUAUUUGAUAUCUGCUUCGAUUUUCGUAAGGAACAAACGAAGGUCUCCUCUUUCGGUGAUAUUCAGACAAUUUCCCUGUUUGCUCAUAAUAUGAGUUCUCAUCUGUGCAUCAGCUCCUCCCCAAUUCCCCUCCCCACCUUUUUUUUCCCCCCUUUUUCCUAUUUUUUAACCUUCGUUAUAGCAAUGCCCAGCAGGAAGGCUGAGCUAGGUAGCCCACUUAUUAUUAUUAUUAUUAUUAUUAUUAUUAGCCAACAACAAUUCUCUCCUUUUUCUUUUUCUUUUCCCUUUUUUUUUUUUACAAGUACUCUGCUCCUUCUUUCUCCAAUGCUACAAGUACUCUGCUCCUUCUUUCUCCAAUGCUACAAGUACUCUGCUCCUUCGUUCUCCUUUUUUACAAGUACUCUCCUUUAUUUUAUCCCUUUUUUUCUAUUUUUCUUCACUUUUUUUUCUAUUUUUGAUCUUUUCCUUUUUAUCUCCUUUUUUAUGCUUUCUUUUACUUUCCUAAGGGCAAUGUACAAAAGUAAGGCUGAUGUAUGGUGGGUAGGGGGCUGUAUAGUGGGUAGGGCGGCUCUAUAGUGGGUGGGGGGGAUGUGGGGUGGGGCGGCGUAUAGUGGGUAGGGGGGGCUCUAUAGUGGGUAAGGGGGCUGUGGAGUGGGUAGAGGGGCAGUAACGUGCGUAGGGGCGGAGCUUGUGGGUGGGAGGCGGAACUUCCGUUUGGGGGCGGGGCAUGCAGCCGGAAUUAUUUCAGACUGUGCAGGGAGACUGACAGGUCUCCCUGCAGCCGCUGGCAGCCACACCGGCCCCUAACUACUCCUCCCUCCCCUCAGACUGACAGGCUGGCACAGUCCGAGGGGAGGAUUUAUCAGAAUAAUCAUUAGGGCUGUCAGUCCGGCCCUGCCACCCACUCUCUCAAUCUUUAGCCGCCGAAAUCCCUACCGCCUACCUGGAAUCCUGAAACGCCCACUAGUGGGCGGUAGGGACCAGGUUGACGACCCAUGCUUUAGACUGUAACAUCGCUGGCUGUCUAACCAGGCACUUUGUAUAAAAGGGCUUCAAUGGCUAGAUCUCACUUCACAGGGAAGACCCGUUUACCUUUUGUAUUUGUCUGUGUAUAUUGUAUGUUCUACAUUAAAUGUACAGCACUAUGGAAUAAGUUGGUUCUUUAGAACUAUGAAUAAAUAAAGCACUUUAGGAAAUGAGUGUCCAUUUAAGCUGUCACAUGGUUUAAUGUUUGUGGCUCUGGGUGUCCUUCAGUUUUGCCCUGAUAUGUGUUAGUCAAGAUUAUACAUCAGCGUUAGUAAUGCCAGUUUUGUACAACUUUAGACAUUUUUAUUGGCAUUGGCUGAACUGUAUUUUGACUGAAUUGUUUAUACAGAGAGGACAGGAUUAUACAUUUUAACAUUUUAUUCAUUAGGAAAUUAGUGAUCAGCCAAACUACCUAUACCUAUGCUUUUUAUAUAUCCCACACAGGACAGCCAAGCCCCUCUAAGCAGGUGCCUAAUUAGAAUUAUUUAUAAAGCGCCAACAAAUUCCGUAGAGCUGUACAAUAGGUGGCCUUACAGACAGGUACUUGCAGCAAGACGAGUUUGACGCAAAGUAACAGAGGGGUUUGAGUUUCCUGCUCAAACCUUACGUUCUAUAUGGGAUAUAUUUUUCCUUUGUGGGUUUGAUACUUCUUGUGGCUCCAAAAUGCUGGGAAUAGCAGCAUAGGAUAUGCAUGUCAGUCCUUGCACUUUCCAAAGGUUAUUUAGGGUAACUGGCACCUUCAGACAUUAAUGUUUAUUUGCUGUCCCUUGUAUAAUUGCUAAGCAUUUAUCUGUUUCAUUGCAGUUCUCAGCAGGGGGAAAACCAAAUGCUUUACCUUAUCAUCCUGUGUCAUUUAUGGCCUGUUUGAUCUUAUUCCACAAACUACAUUGCUUUGAACUGUUUUUAUCACUUUGCUUUGUCUCUCACUUUGUAGUGGCAUUUUGCUCAUGAUUUACUGCUUUAUAGUCUUUAUAAAGCAUACUCUUUCACCCUCCCCUCCCCUCCCCAGGAUAGGAAAAAAUCAGUCUUUUUAUAGUAGAGUAUUUUUGCUGUGAACUUUAUUACCAUUAUCAGGGAAACUGUUUGACAAAGCAGCUCUGCUUGUUGGUCUUUUUUCCCCCUCUACAAUUCAGGAAGAAAGUAAUUUGAAAAAUACAAAAACUGCCUUUGUAUUCUGCUCACACUUUCUUUAGAAUAAAAUUUCUUUAUGAAAUGACUUAGCAGCAUGUUGAUCUGCAGUUCCUUUAAGUGUUGAAUAAAUCUUUUUAAAAUGUCUCAAUUCUUUUUAUCAGGCGCUCUUAAUUUCAAGUCUUGCGCUAUUAGAAAGGCAUAAAACGUAAUCACCGCUGUAAGUCUGCAGAGUAUAUAUAUAGCACACUCAUUAGGGCAGAAUUUCUACUCACUGGGGCUGAAUUUUCACUUGCCAAUGGCUAGUAAAAAUUCAGAGCUCAUGGCAAUUUGCACAGUAGGCAUUGCAUAGUGUUGAUUUGAGUACCACUUCUUCUCAGUGAAGUGGUCUGGGUGCAGUGGUCCUUUAAUUUUAACCCUGCAAUGUAAAACAUUGCAGAUUUUUAAAUAAGAACUAGUAUUCAUGUAGCGCAUUUCUCACAGUUGGACUCAAAGUUGGGAAAUAACCAAAUCUGCAGCUGAAUAAUAGAGGUUAUUAUUACCCAUGGUACUCUUUUAUCAACCUUGGAAAGGAUGAAGGACUCAGCCUGGGAUUUAAACCUGUGACCUUGCAGUUUGAACACGCUCUGUAGUCAAGGCAUUUACCAACUGAGCUAUGUCACCUGCAAUGUUAACAUGGUAGUUAGAUGCACCACAAGUGAUUGUCUCACUGGCAGCCAUAUGAGUUUCCACUGCACUGACUAAACAAAACCCGGUCAUGAGAUUCAGUGCUUCCCUAUGGCAAAGCUGGAUGUGCAUGCGCAUCAAGUCCCGAAUGCUCCUAUUUAAGGAGCAUGGGAUUGGACAGAAAGGAUGGUGGAGACGUAAGCCUCACAGAGGGAGCAUUGGCACAAGAAAUGGGUAAGAAUACCCUUUCUGAGUAGGGACAGGGACUCUAAAGUCUUAGGAAUUCAAGUUUGUAUUCCUAAUGCUUUAGUGUCACUUUAACAGGAAGCCAUGACUUCUAUGAAAAUGACACUUUUUAAAACCACCAAUAACUUAUGUUAACUUUUUGUACGAUGCUUUUUCUUUUAAAUGUAUAAAUGAUUUAGCAGUUUAAAUCACAAUCUGUGUCAGUCAAGGGUAGAGCAGUGUUGAUUUUUAAAUUUAAUUUUUCAGGCCUCUCAAAUACAUUUGUUAAAUAUAUGGAAUUUGUAAAUAGAAGUCCUAGAAAGUUCUUUUGAAAAUUGGAUUGGUGUUUGACAUUGUAAUUGUGGACACAGGCUAUUAUUUUUGUAUGUGUGGAAGGGACAGUAAUUUUUACUGUAAUCUUCACUCACAUGGUUUUAGUACUACAUGCUUUACCAUCUGCAAUCAAGCUAGGUCCUGAUUCAAAUAACUGAAUUAAGAUACAGGUAGGGAUAGUGUGUCAGGUUGCUAAUAUGUGUGUAUAUGUAUCCCCCAUACAUAUAUUGGCAACCUGAUACAAAUAAAAGAUCACUUUUUGAGUGUGAUUUAGCAAAAGGGUAUGUGUAUCAUUUUAUAGAGCAGUAAGCAUAAUUGUACUGUUACAGCGCCACCUAGUUGCGCUAAAGAUUAGUGUUUGUGUAAUAAUGGUAUUUCAGUAAUAUUGCAGCUAUUAUGUUCUGAGGUGGAUUAAUGUAAAGCUCACCACGACAUAGGCUUGUCUGUGGCAUCUGCCAAACAACAAACUGUCCACUGGAACGUUUUGAACCACAUAGCAUGUUGGGGAUAAGUGGUAAUACAUAUGGUCUAGCUCUAAACAUAGUAUCUUUUUAAUAAACUUUAACACAGGCUAUACUUACAAAGCGUAAUGGUUCCUAUAAAUAGUGUACACAGCAAAGCUGCUUAUUCAGUUAUUCCAAAAUACACUAUUUUAUAAUAAUGAAUAAUCUUCUCUAAAAGGCCUCUUUAAAUUCCAAAGUUUUUUAUAUUUUAAAUGGUUUUUUGUGUGCCUUGUAGUGCCAACAGAUCCCUCAGCAGUGAUCUUAAUUUGCCAAAUAAUGCCAGUAAGUAAUUUAUGGGUGCCCGACCUUGACAUUCCAUGUAAAACAAGCCAAGCUUACUAGGACAUUAAUCCUUAUAAUGAAGUUUUUGUAUUAGUUUGUCCAUCAAUAAUGAUUAGCUUUCACUUUGCAAACUAAAUUCAGACAUUACAUUUCUGUCGAGAAUAACAAAAAUGCCAUUACAUUACUAAGACCUUGGACAGCUUGUUCAGAUUUAAUGUUAUGCCAUUUUAUUUUUCUUCUUUAAAUUACUUUAAAAUGUAAACUUGCCAUCUUAUGCAACAUAAGUCACUUGUCUGGUGGCCUUAUUACUUAUGAUGAUCAGUUUUGCACUGGUCUGGUCCAAUUAUUAGACUAUAUUUUUCAAAUAACUAUAUUGUCUAAGCUGCUAGGCAAAGGUUGUUGUAACAUUUCAUGGGGAAUGUAGAAGGUAAGUAUUUGCAAUAUGGAGUAAAUGUCAUAUGGUGCAGUGACAGUAUUGGUUUAAUUGAGCAAUUUGUAAAAAUAUAAAAUGUUCAUGUAUUUAUUUAAGCUGUUUCUUUGCAUGCACUAUAUCCACGAUGGUUUGGCUGCUUGCUUUUUCCAGCAAUUUUACAAUUUGUAUUCCAUAUGAGCUAGUUUUCACUUGACUUUCUUUAUCUGAAUUUAAAGCCAGUAUGGUAACUGCCCCUUUCACUUAUCUUUUUAAUCAAUUUAAAGGGACACUAUAGUCACCUGGACAACUUUAGCUUAAUGAAGCAGUUUUGGUGUAUAGAACAUGCCCCUGCAGCCUCACUGCUCAGUCAUCUACCAUUUAGGAAUAAAUCCCUUUGUUUAUGAACCCAAGUCACACCUCCCUGCAUGUGACUGGCACAGCCUUCCAUAAACACUUCCUGUAAAGAGAGCCCUAUUUAGGCUUUCUUUAUUGCAAGUUCGGUUUAAUUAAGAUUUUCUUAUCCCCUGCUAAGUUAAUAGCUUGCUAGACCCUGCAAGAGCCUUCUGUAUGUGAUUAAAGUUAAAUUUAGAGAUUGCGAUACAAUUAUUUAAGGUAAAUUACGUCUGUUUGAAAGUGAAACCAGUUUUAUUUUUAUUUUUCAUGCAGGCUCUGUCAAUCAUAGCCAGGGGAGGUGUGGCUAGGGCUGCAUAAACAGAAACAAAGUUAUUUAACUCCUAAAUGACAGUGAAUUGCGCAGUGAAAUUGCAGGGGAAUGAUCUAUACACUAAAACUGCUUUAUUAAGCUAAAGUAAUUUAGGUGACUAUAGUGUUCCUUUAAUGAACGGAAGCUGGUGGCCCAUACUGUAAAGUACAUGGAAUGAUUCGAGACAGCUUUCCAUGAUUACAGCCCUGGCUGCCUUUUAGCUUAGUAUGUUUUAUUCUCAUAUCAUCUCUAACAUCUGUUUAUUUUUUCUUCAUAGGCCUGGGACAUGGAGAGAGCCAGUGAACCCUUACUAUGUCAAUACUGGGUAUGCCGUGGCACCUGCCACUAGUGCCAAUGACAGCGAGCAGCAGAGCAUGUCAAGCGAUGCAGACACUAUGUCAUUAACAGACAGCAGUGUGUAAGUGCAGUGCUUCAUGUAUUAAUCAACAGCUUCAUGCUUUACACUUUGUUUUUGGCACACUUUAUUAAACUGCAAAUGUUUUGCAAAUACUGUUGGAACCUUGACAGCUUUAAUGCUUUGUGUCUUAAAUUGAAUAAUAAAAUAACUUGCUCUGUAUGCAUGCUGGGCUGCUUUCGGCAGUGGAACAGACAUUAAAGGAUAUGAUUAAUAAUACAGUUUGCCCAUGUGCUGCGUUAUAUUGUAGGAAUCCAUGGCCUCUGUUCAUGCAUGUUUCAUAAUCCACACAUUUGGAAGUCGGUGGUAGCAUGUAUCAGCUUUACAUGUAGUGCUAUGAAAACACAUUGCAAAUAGCACACACAUGACAUCAGGCAUGCAUUUGCAGAGUUUCCACCAUUAUUAUUAUUUUGGGAAACCAGGAGAGCAAUCUCAGACACUAUCGUUUGUUUUUUUUCUGGGGGUUUUUUUUAAUAUGAAUUAUCAAUCUUUGUGUAGCCCUUACAAUUAGGCUAAACUAUGCAGUGUGUGUGUGUGUGUGUAUGUAUGUAUGUAUAUAUAUAUAUAUUUAUUUUUUUUUGCAUAAAAUGUAUACCCAUGUCCAUUGAACAAUCCUACAUUUUUCAAUAGAGGUUGUAAUGGAGGCUUGGGCAAAAUGUAUCCGCAAGCUGUUGAAGUAUUACCUCUCCUGAUAUUUUGCCGGGUUGUAGAUAUCUUACAGCUGGGGGAUAUAUUUUCUCCACAUCUUAUUUCCAGGGAAUUGCUGCAGCUUUUGUUUGCAGUGUCUGCUUCUUUUGGAUUUACCAGUAAGCUACAGUUGUUUGUAAUUUCUUCUCUAAAUCAAUUUGUUUUUCUUUCAGUGAUGGGAUCCCCCCUUAUAGACUCCGGAAGCAUCAUCGCAGGGAGAUGCAAGAAAGUGCCAAAGCAAAUGGACAUGUGCCACUACCUCACAUUCCUGUAAGUAACAAAGGACAAGCCAUUUUAACAGUUAAAAUACAGUAACACCCCAAAUAAAGGAAGCUGUACUGCAACAGAAGGGGGUUCACUUUUUUGCCUUUUUACAUUUUUAAAUAUGAUUUAAAGGAGGGUUCUAGUUGGAAAAUAAUGUGUAAAAGGCAAGAGCGUCUGCUGCAAGAACACCUUUCCCUUCUAUACUUGGCAUACUGAUGAGUCUGCUGGAUAAAUUCAGAAAAUGGCAGUGCUGCCUGAUCACAUGACCUUAUUUUCUGAAUCCUAAUUACACAACGGUAUUUAACGAAUAGGUUUUUUUAUGGUUGGAUUUUGACUUCUAGCAGCUAAUUUUAGCAUCUCCCUUUUAAUUAUUCUACAGCGUACACAUCACAUGCCAAAGGAUAUCCACGUCGAUCCUGAGAAAUUUGCUGCUGAGCUAAUAAGCCGCUUGGAGGAAGUCCUGAGAGACCGGGAAGCUGAGCAGAAAUUAGAAGAGAGACUCAAACGCGUUCGAGCUGUAAGUCUUCAGUCAUUUAUUCAUCAUGGCUCUGGAUAGUGCCGCUUUUUUUGAUAAACCCCCCCCCCUUUUUUUUGGACUCAUAGUGGUGAAAUUUUUGAGUACUUGGGGGCGCAUACACAAGAGUUCUACAAAAAUACAUAUAAUCCAAAUGAACACCAUUGUGGCUCCUUUUGGGGAGAAAAACACUGUUACGAUCAUUUUCUGCCAUAUUUUCAGUUAAUUUGCUUUUAGAGGUUUUACCUCGACUCCCAUUCUGCAUAGUUGUCACUGCCUUUUUUAACAUUCUGAAAAUCAAACACUAUUCAUUGUUUUAAAAGGAUUUACAAUUGCAACUUUUCAGGGAGGCGUAAGCUAUGCUUACUGCUUAUCCUGUAAUUUUUAAUAUUUUUCUAUGUAUUUCCAACUAUUACACAACAUAAAUACCUGUGAGAAUGCAGGAUAUUUCACAGAUCCCUCUGGUUGGUUUUACAAGUUCUUCUCAAAUACCUGUGAAUUAUAUUUUUGUCUUUGUAUAUAUUGUGUUCACUGCCAUUUUUAUAUAUGGGUGCAUGUUAAAUUACCUCAGUUAAGUUAUUGCUGUAUAUUAUGUGUUCUUUAAAGUCUUCCAUGUGAUCAUUCCAUGGCUAAAGUGUACGUUUACUGUAUACCUAUAAGGAAGAAGAAGGGGAUGAUGCAGAUGUCUCUUCAGGACCUUCGGUGGUUAGCCACAAGUUGCCUUCAAGCCAGCCAUUGCAUUAUUUCAAUUCUCGCUAUUCUGAAAUGGGUUGUGUUGGAAUGCAAGUCCGAGACGCUCAUGAGGAAAAUCCUGAAUCUAUCCUUGACGAACACGUGCAACGCGUCAUGAAAACUCCUGGUUGCCAAUCUCCAGGACCUGGUCGCCAUUCCCCAAAGCCACGCUCACCAGAUGGUGGCCACUUGAGCAAAGCCCUUCCUGGGUCAACGGGAACAAUGCAAACCAGUCACAGCAAGCAUUUGGCCAAGUGUGGCUCAAAAUUAGAAACUGCAAACUUUCCUCACAAGUAUGUCUAUCACCAUGUUCAUCCGCAUGGCAAUCCACACAGCGGGGUGAAACCUAAAGACCCAAUGGAAGUUGAAGCCACACAAAGAGUUCAAGGCAACCUGGCAUGGAACGUGGACUCUCAAAACUAUGCAACCAAAUCACGCAAUUAUGCAGACAGUAUGGGUUUGGCCCCCAAUCCAAUGGAUUCUUUGGGCUACAGGUAUGUUAACAUUUUCUCAUUGUUCCUGUUUUGCAUACAGCAAAUAAAUAUAUUUCACACUGUGAAUCUCUCUAACAAACUACAGCUUAUUUCAAAGAUGAUUUCUGCACUAUUAAUAAACAUCCAGCUUUCAUCUAUGCCAGAACUCUGGGAAACUAUAAAAUGUCAGAAGGAUUUAACCAGAUUCUUUCAAGGAAAACGUUGCCUACAAGAUUAGUGGUCCUAAAUUAAAGACCUUGAUGUAAAGUUGCCAAACAUAUAUAUAUUUAUAUUAAUAGUUUUAUAUUUCACUUUAUAUUUGAAAAGUUAUUCCAUUUUAAGAUGUCCCAGUCCAUUACUAGUUGCAGAAUAUAGAUACAUCUAUCUCUCCCUCUCUCUCUUACACACACACACACUCAAUAAUGAAUUGUAAACUAAGAAAAUUAAUUUGUAAAUGUGUUGGUUCUGAUUAGUCCUUUGUCUUCCAGUGGUAAAGUAAGUAUGCUUGCCAAAAGGAAUGCAAAGAAAGCAGAUUCAGGCAGGAUGGAGAGUGCAAACUAUGACAUGCCAGCUGUGCCAGAGGAUGCAGAGAGACACCAGAAAAUUCUGCAAUGGAUCAUGGAGGGCGAGAAGGAGAUUAGCCGACACAAGAAAACCGUUCACAGGUAGGCAGGAAUACCUCUCGAUUUACCUCAGUGUCUUCUUUUAUUGCAGAAUUGAAGGAAUCCUCUGUAGCCAUAAGCUUUAACUAUGUGAUCCUAGGAUUUCAGCUUAUCCUGAGCUUAAUCUGUGUUUGUCUAACCACAGCUCUUCUGGUGCCAAGAAGCCACAGUCUCAUGAUGUGCCUAGACCAAUUUCCAUUGAGCGUCCCGGUACAGUACACCAACGGGUUAGCGCUCAGCUCCGCAAUGUCGUACAGCCCUCUCAUCCCUUCAUCCAAGACCCUACCAUGCCUCCCAAUCCUGCACCUAAUCCACUGACGCAGCUGGAAGAAGCACGCCGAAGGCUUGAGGAAGAGGAGAAAAGGACUGGAAAGAUACCACCGAAACAAAGGUAUGUGACCAUUCUGCGUCUGGUUGUGAUGAGCACCUUGUUGGAUCUCCCAUUCCUGUAAUGUAUGUAAAUGUGUGUGUAUUUAUGGACAUACAUACAUUAUUAGUAUUUUUUUUUUUUUUAAAUGCUUGAAAAUUAUUCCCACAUUUUUUUUUUUCUUUCUUUGCUUACUCUUUCCGUGGCUCUGUAUGACCAUUCAAGUACAACGAUUAUCUGCGUCUGGAUUUUUCAUUUAUUUUUCUAUCCACUCUUGAAUAGGAUCCAAUACAUAGCAUUUAGGGUAGAAGCACAAGAAAAUGUGUUUUAGACACUACCUGUGUGCAUAGGAUAUUAUUUAAAUGAAUAAUGGAUUCUUUCAUUUUAUCCUGUACCUAAAAAGCUGAAGGACAGAAGUUGACAAAAACAGAACACUAUUGUAAAACAACCAAAUAUGGAAGAAAUCUACCACACCCAUUUAUUUGUAUGUUUGGUAUGGGACAUGUUUUGCUAAGAUUGGUAACUGAUUCACUGCAAAUUUACCUGGCCAAUUUCACAUUGUGUAAAAUGGUUCAGUGCCUUUCCUCAUGCAAAAAUGUACUGGUAAAUGCAUCUCCUCUUUAGCAUUGUAUACAGAGUCCAAUCUGUGAACUGGCUGUACAGGGUUCUACUUUAUAGAAUGCAGAUACAUUGAAUACAGUGUGUGUGGGGACAGAUAUAAGUAGGCUUUCAUAAUCUGAAAUAAAUGUUAAAUUAAGCAGAAAUGGGGGUUUCAAUAAAAAAAAUUUGUCAAAGAAAUACUCAACAAAAGGCAUUGGUUUCCAUCUUGGGUCUCGCUGAGCAAUAGAUUGAUUUUACUACGCCCGAUUGCCUCGGCCGUAAUGGUAUUAUGAAAUCGUGGUGGACUUUAAAUGCUGUGGUACAAACCUUGGACCACAGACACAGCAAUAAUCACUAUUAAUUUGUGGGGUUUGCCGUGUCCCUUUAACACUCAUCAUUGAAAAGAUCAAUUUGCAGUUUAGAUAUUUGUGUCUUUUUGUAUAUUGGGAUUGUUUAAACUCCCCACUAGUUUUGACACAUUUGUAUGCUCUUUGGGUCUUUCCCAUUUCAUUGACUAACUAAAAAUGUGGAUUUAUAAGCUUUUCGUUUUGGAUUUAUCCAGAAGUGUGCAGUAGAUUGUUUUUCACAUGAACUCCAAGAUAACAUGGUAACACGUAGAUCAUUUAGUGUUGUUUCCUGCAGUAUAAACACUUGUUGAAGCUUUGCUUCCUUAAAACACAAGACGUGAUAAACAGCCCACCCCUUUACACUUAGAGGACAAUGUCAAGGUGGAUCUUCAUCUGUAACUGUUAUUGGCGUAAAUAGGAAGUCAUGAAGUGGACCGUUCCAAUCAUUAGAACCCAGUGACAAGUGAAGCCAAUAAACAAUGUGUAUUUUGAAGUGUUAAUGUAAAUGGCUGCACCUGGGCAGGAAGUUAGGAGUGCAGAACCUUUUCUAAUAUGUAAGGUUGUUCUGCAGGUAUGUCCAAGAAGUUAUCCAGCGAGGCCGUACUUCUGUCAGGCCAGCUUAUAUUCCCAUGCUGAAUGUGGUACCAGCUGUCUCCGACAUGGACCUCACAGAGUAUGUGCCACUCUUCUUUCAUGUGUCCGCUUGUCUUUAGAUGUUGCACCCUAGUAGCAGUUACUCCUUGUGUUUUGUCUUGUUUUAGCCUUGUUAAAGUUGGAUCUUAGAUGUGAGUUUUCUCUAGAAAUUGCACGUUAUUUUGACCUUCAAAGCUUUUUGUUUGUUUUGUUUUCUCGUUUUAUUUUGAUCCAUAUGUAGCUACAUCUGUGCACGUUUGUGAAGUGUGGGUGGUGUGAAACAAGUGUGUGUGUAAUAACAUGUUUUUAUUCUGUGCGGUCUACACACUCUCCAUACAGAAGUAGUUUAUUACAUGUUCUCUUAUGUUUAUCUCUCUUUCUCUGAUAUAUAACAAACUUAUGACCUCACAACUACUUUCUUAGAAGCACGGACCGGUUAUUUCAUGUACACAUAUAAAAAGGCAAAAUCUUUUUUGCUGGAUUCCUUACUCAAACAUAGACUCCAUACGGGAGGCAUGGAUACUUACAGAAGUGGGCAAAUAGUGUUUGCUGGCACAGUUUGAAAAGUAAAUCAUUUGUAUGAAAUGCCCUGGCUUUGCAUUUUCAAAUUGCGUUAUUGUUGUAUUGGCCAUGACGUAAUUAGCCAAAUAUACGCAUGUGUAAUUAUUGUGCCGUGUUCCAUAGUACUCUUAUCAAAGACAAAACUAAUGCUUGGAAAAUGACAGUUAAACAAUUACUGCUCAGGAGUACAGGAAAAGAGUAAUAUCAACUUAGUCCACUUUCACAUAGACACAAACAGAUUAUUUCUGUUGUCUGUUUUUCGUUUUACUCACGAGACAUGGAUUGAUUAAAAUGCACCUGUAAUGCUCAGUGUGACUUGGUUUCACUUUAAAGAGAAUAAAUCUUUGUGUACGCAUCGCAUAGCAAGCACACGUAUGCGUGAGUUUAUUUGGUUAUGUAAAGUUCACCAUAUUUUGCUUUAUUUGGCAAAGUGAGGCCUUCCCAUCUUUAAUUGAUUCAGCGACAACCCACAAUUCCUAGUGUUCACCCACACGCAAUGAAUUGUCUGAUGCUGAUUACACUGUGCUUUAUCUGGAGGAAGCUACCUUCAGGUAAGUGUGUUUAACAAGGUUAUUCACUAAAGUGAGACUUUAAGCUGAAGUCAAAGUGAAUUUUAAAUUUAAAGGAAUUCUUUGGGUCAGGAAAACAAUAGUGAAUUCCUGACCCUAUAGAAACAUAGAAUGUGACGGCAGAUAAGAACCAUUCGGCCCAUCUAGUCUGCCUAUAGUGCUGAAAACACUCUUUAGCUCCCCUUAAAGGACCACUCUAGGCACCCAGACCACUUCAGCUUAAUGAAGUGAUCUGGAUGCCAGGUCCAGCUAGGGUUAACCCAUUUUUUCAUAAAUAUAGCAGUUUCAGAGAAACUGCUUUGUUUAUGAAUGGGUUAAGCCUUCCUCUAGCGGCUGUCUCAUUGACAGCUGCUAGAGGCGUUUGCGUGCUUCUCACUGUGAAAAUCACAGUGAGAGCACGCAAGCGUCCAUAGGAAAGCAUUGAUAACGCUUUCCUAUGUGACGUCUGAAUGCGCACGCAGCUUCUGCCGCGCAUGCGCAUUCAGCCGUCGGGGAGGAGAAGAGGAGGAUCGGAGGAGGAGAAGUUUUAACCCCUUUCCCCCUUCCAGAGCCGGGCGGGAGGAUGACCCUGAGGGUGGGGGCACCAUCAGGGCACUAUAGUGCCAGGAAAACGAGUAUGUUUUCCUGGCACUAUAGUGGUCCUUUAAAUACAGUUAAAAACUCACAUUAUUUUGCGCAAAUUACCAUCUGAUUAAAAUUUAAACCAUUUUGUUUUUAUGGAGGCUGUGUCAGUCACUGUCAGGGGAAAUGUGGCUAGGGCUGCAUAAACAGAAACAGAAACAGAAGUGAUUUAACUUCAAAAUGGCAGACAGUUGGGCAGUGAGACUGCAGGGGCAUGAUCUAUACACCCAAACGCCUUCAUUAAGCUAAAGUUGUUUUGAUGUCUAUAGUAUUCCUGUAAAUUUGAAUUUCUGUUUGGAUACACUUUGAAUUCUCACUUAAGUAAAUAACCCUGCUAAUCUAUGCAUUAGCUGGCUACUUGUCUGUAGCCAGCUAGUUUUUCAUAUUAUGAUUCCACUUUUGUUAUGGCUUCAAGUUAACGGAACGCAACUAAACUUCACAAACUUUUUUUAUGUAGAUGCAGUCCUAUGUUGUGUAUUGGCAUAUGUGUCAUGCCACAGUAAGUAAAUAAAUGCUCAGAAAGCAACACAAUAUUGAAUUUUUUAAAAAUACCUUCUGAUAUAUUGGUGUGCGUCUGUUUCCUGUCUCAGCUUAUGAUCGUUUUGCUGCCAGUGCUGUUUAUUUGCUAUGGCACCAAGCAUAUGGUACCAACUUACCUGGUUGCUGUGGCGCCAGUGGUUUUGAGAGCCUGAAUCACAAUUUUGUUUUAACUUAUUGUAAUAUAGUAAUUUUUAUUAAUAUUAUGGUCAAAACAUAUCAAAAUGAAUAAAAUAAACUCAUUUUAACAACAAACGUAGGCUUUGUGAAGUUACUCUCGGUUCACACCGGUGUUUCCUUCUCCUUUCUAGGUUAAAGCCACAGAAGAAGACUGGAACUGGUGCUUCCCAGCCCUGUGACAACAUUGUGGUGGCCUACUACUUCUGUAGUGAGCCAAUACCUUACAGAACAAUGGUUAAAGGUCGCAUAGUGACCCUGGGACAAUUCAAGGAGCUGCUGACUAAGAAAGGGAAUUACAGGUAACCUGCAUUCAUGUAACAUUCACAUAUAUUCUGACAGUUGUAGUUGGUCAUUGUGCUGCUACAGACCCCCAAUAUCCACUUCAAGCAGGAUGUAGCUGAUCAUUGACUUCCCAUUUAUUCAUAUGGGCAAAGCAUACCCCCUGUGCACUGCUUACCCCAUAGGAACACACAUGUAAGGGUUUUGGGGUUGAGUCUAGUUCAGUGUCAUUAGUACUAUUUUUAGUUAAAUGUUUAUUUCUUGAUUGCCAGCCGAAUUUAGAAGAACACUCCAAGCCCCAUUAUUGCUGUAACCUGCUGUUGUGAUUAUGGUGCUAAUAGUGUGCUAUCACCAUAACUUGGUAAUAACUGGUUUUAGCCCGUUUGACAAUUUACCUGUGUAACUGUGCUGCAUCUGAUCUUCCGAAUGAGAAGCUGGAUGUCCCUGUAGCACAAAGCACAGCUAAUGCAGGACUGCACUCGUUUGCUGAGAGAGACUGUGAAUUAAGUUUUGCAAGAUCCUGCUUUGUUCUGUAGAGCAAUGUAGCUUCUGCUGGUGAAGAGCAGAUGAAGUGGAUGUGGUGCGGACAACCGACAGGACCCUGGUAAGUAAACCAUGCUAAAAUAGUUUCUAAUAUUACUGUGGAUGGCACCAUAAGCACUACAGCAGUGCAAUGGUUGGAGUGUUCUGUUAACUUUUAUUAUGGUAUGGCACAAAUGUCCUAUAUAUCUCACAUUUUCACUAUUCUAUUAUUGCUACUAUUCUAAUUGAUUUUUUUUUUUUUUUUUAAUGUCUGCAAACCGUGUAUUAAAGAAAAAUAAAGCGUUUGAAGCCUGACCCCUUGUCUCUCUCACGUUACAGGUAUUAUUUUAAGAAAGUUAGUGAUGAAUUUGAUUGCGGAGUUGUGUUCGAGGAGGUGCGAGAUGAUGAUACAAUUUUACCCAUUUAUGAAGAAAAGAUUAUUGGUAAAGUGGAAAAGAUUGACUAGGAAAGUUCUCUUUGGCAAAAGUGCCAAACAAGAAAGACAUGCUAAAUGGAACGGCUGCGGGAGGGAAGAUUUAUCAUGACACAGAUGAAAGAAACAAGAGCGGGUUCUGAGGCCCCCUGGCCUACUAUCCUUUGCUGAUGUAUUUGGUGGUACGUUAUUGGGAAGCUUGGUUUUAUCAGACUGCCAAGCCAUGUUUAAAGGCUGCAGCUUGGAGUCAUGCAUUCUGCCGGUCUCUCCAGAUUAGUAAAUGUAAUGUAGCAGUGUACAGUUAAACUAGAGAUUGUAUCAGAACCUUUCUUUAUAAAAAAAAUCUGCUUAUUUUUGAUACAUGGUAAUAAAAUGGAAAGAUAUUUCCUAGAUCAGUGCUCUUAUGUAAAUUUAAAUGCUCUGCGGUGCUGAAGACGCCACAUUUGCCAGCUAUCUGUAAGGUCAAAAAUACAUUCUGCAACCUGUAAUUUAUUUAAUUCAUGCAAUUGUAUAGAUUUUUUUUCCCCUCCCUUUCUGUAUCCACCACUUGUGUUUUUUUUUUUUCCCUGGAUAAACACUUUUUACUCGAGAAAAUAUAAAUUUUGCACACUAAGCUUAGAUGCAGGCAUCAGCUGCUAGAUUUUGAGGAAACACAAAACUAUGGAACAAGCCAGCCUUUGGAAUAGAAAAAAAUCCUCAACCUAUUCUUUACUAAUUCUGACCCAUUUCUUGCAGCCAUCAAGGACAGUGUUUGCAGUGUUUGACACCCCAAUGAUAGGCGAAAUUAUGGCUGUGGGGAAUCUCUGCAGUGCGUUGGCUACUCCAUCUAAAUAUUUUAGUAAUGGACUGCGUUAUUGUAGCAGCUGCUAGCCAUAAGGAGGUAGACUGGUGUUAAAGUGCAAGUAGUGAGUGACCGCUAUCAUGUCUUCAGAAGCUAGUGCAGCAUUCGUUUUUAAUGGUCAAAGUUUGGCAAACAAAACUUUUAUUAUUUUUCUUAAUUUUAUUUUUAAUAUUUUUUUUAUUUAUUUUUUUAAACACAAUGAUCUUCUUAAAUAAAGGAUGUGAUUCCACUCAACCUCCCCCUGUUUUUAAUCUGCUAAAAGUAGUGUAAACCUUUUGAUUUGACUCUUAAAUCGUGUUUAGAAAAUACAAGUAUCGCAGGAUUCAAAUUUAAUUUAUGCAGAAAAGGUUUCGAGUUGCUGCUUCUUAAAUCAUUUUUUUUUUUGUUUUCCUGUAAUGUUUUUGUAGCAAUAUUGCAUUUUCUGAACAUUAAAUAUACUGUUAUUGUAUCUAUUGGAUUGCUACAAACCAGCUGAAAAUUAGAUCAGACUGUAAAACUGCGAAAUGUAGUUUUGUGUGUGUGUGUGUGUGUAUAUAUAUAUAUAUAUAUAUAUAUAUAUAUAUAUAUAUAUAUAUAUAUACACACAUAUACAUACACGUGUACACACAUAAUAUAUUCUUACAAGAUCUAGCGCACUCGCUCAUUAACUAAAUAGUUAAUCCCGGUGUUGCACCCCUCCCUGUCGCAAGUGCUUCAUUCCAGGGCCCUAUUUAACCUUGACUUGCAGAGAGCCUAGUAGAGAGGAUUUCCCAAGUAAGUGAAUUAAUCUCAUAAGAGCAGGCAUUAGGGUUAUAGAAUAGGACCUGCCAAAAAUGGGGUUGUGACAAGCUUAUACAGUCUAUGAUCAUAUACUGUAACUAAACCCCAUUAUUUUUGCCUGUUUAAAAAGAAUAAAAAACCAUUACAUUUGAAACUGUGUUUAGUGAAUGAGCGAGUGCGUUGAAUCUUAUAUGUUGUAUGAAUAGGCCCCACCAGCACCCUAUAAUGUGCACAUAUUCCAGUGAUUGCUGGCCUCUUGGUUUAAUGUGUGUGUGUGUGUGUAUAUAUAUAUAUAUAUAUAUAUAUGUGUGUAUAUAUAUAUAUAUAUAUAUAUAUAUAUAUAUACACACACACACAUACAUGCAUACACUUUGAAAACAAACGGCACUCCAAGGACUUGUUCAUCACUUGCAAUUAGUUAUUUAUAUAUGAAUCAAUAUUUCAGUUAGUUGAAGCUAACUUUCUUUCAGCUAUAUUCCUUCUCAUUAACCACAAGUUCCCUGAAAUAACAGUGGGUCAUGCUUAGUCCUUUACAGAAUAAGUGUUUGCUAUAUAAUGUCACAUUGCUCUUUGGAGAAAUACAUGAAAUGUAUUUUUAUACAAUCAUCAUGUGCAGGAUGCAUUCCCCUCAAUUAUUGCUAUAAUUAAAUUACUUUCUAGAAUUGUGUGUAUAUAUAAUAUGUGGCACUAUGCUACAGUUAUUUUCUUUGGAGGUGGGCGUAGAGUUUUUCACUACUUAAAUACAAACAGAUGACUUGCCCCUGUGUAUUUUGAAACUAAGGAAAUUAAAGGAGCGCUAUAGGGUCAGGAACACAGACAUGUAUUCCUGACCCUAUAGGGUUAAAACCAUCAUCUAGCCACCCUGUUCCCCUCAUGCCUCCCUAAAUAUUGUAAAAUCUUACUUGUAUUCAAGUCUGGAGCUGCAUGCUUUGUCACUGUUUCCUUUAGACCUGCCCACUGCCUGCUGACAUCAGCAGAAGUGGUAGCCUCAUCCAAUCACAAUGCUUCCCCAUAGGAUUGGCUGAGACUGACAAAGAGGCAGAUCAGGGGCAGAGCCAGCACAAUUCAAAUACAGCUCUGGCCAAUCAGCAUCUCCUCAUAGAGAUGAAUUGAAUCAAUUCAUCUCUAUGAGGAAAGUUCAGUGUCUGCAUGUAGAGGGAGGAGAUACUGAAUGUUUGGAUGCAUUUUAGGCAGCCAUGACCCAGGAAGGAUCUCUAACAGCUAUCUGAGGAGUGGCCAGUGAAGUUAUCACUAGGCUGUAAUGUAAACACUGCCUUUUCUCUGAAAAGACAGUGUUUACAGCAAAAAGCCUGAAGGUAAUGAUUCUACUCACCAGAACAAAUUCAAUAAGCUGUAGUUAUUCUGGUGACUAUAGUGUCCCUUUAAAUUUAAUUAAAAAGUAAUAAAUUAGGUUUUUGUUCGAUCCUGCAAAUACAGAAUUGUCCCCUCUUGAAAAAUCCUUCAACAUGACUUGCAUUAGUGGGAUGUUUAAUUGAAUGACUAUAACCACAUUGCACAUGGCAAAUGUCGCCCGAUGUACGUGAAAGUGUAAUUCAUUACUAGGGUAACUAUUAUUCUUGGUUAUCUCUACUUUGUCUUGCAUACGGGGUUUAGAUGAAACAUAGUCAAAUACACCUUAAUAGAUAACCAUUUGUAGUAAGGGAUUUACUGCUAGGUGCCUAUUAUAAGUGCUGCGUUCCUAACGAACUAACUGGCUCUUUCAGAGUUGUUUUGAACACCUUUUUGCUUUGGAGGCAAAGAGCUGAACUGCAGCUUCCAUAUACCCAACAUAACGCCAAGAGGUGUUUCUGAAGCAAAAAGGAAACGGUCUGUUGUAUUUGGAUGACAGAAAUGAGAAAUAAAACUCCCACCCAUUGCACCUGGCACAUGGAUUGCUGGAUAAACGCUUUAAUCUGAUUCAUAGUGUGAUAAUAUCAGACACUACCUGUGCCUGUAAACUCAGUAUAACUAACCCUGACAUCCCAAAAACAUUGUUGUUACUAGAAAGUUAUUACCGGUACUUUCAUUGAAUUCAAUACUAGAGACAUAUUAUUAAAACUACAAAUCUAUUUUGCGUCUUCCCAGUUGAGUAAAUAAUAGAUCUAUUGGCCAGAUGUCUAAAUCCAAAGUUCUUGGAUUCUGUUUUUGAGAGCAUUUUGGUACAUUGUUCUUUGCUUAGUGUGCUGGCUAGGAGUUUUUUGCCAGCUGCUCUAGGCACUGUCCUGGCUAUUUAUAUAGUGGAUAGGCAGUGUCUGCAUAUAUACUCCAAUAUUCCCAGCACCCAUUGUCCAAAAUGUAUUUUUUAGACAUUUCGACAUUUCACAGCAAUAAUGCAAAAAGUAUAAAGUAUUGUUUUGCAUAUUAGAAAGCCCUCCAUUAGAAUUUUACUUUUGCUUUACAGUCAGUACUCCAAAAGCUGGCUAUUCUUUCGAAAAACUAAUAUUUUAAGAUUUUAUUUCAGAAAUUAGGGAAAAAAUAAUUUGUGAAUCAGAAUUGCUUCAUUAGAUGUUCUGUAUAUUGUGUUUUCUAAUAUAAGAAAUAAUAUAUAUAUUGCAUGUUUACAAUUACUUGCCACUGUUUUGUUUGUUAGAAUCUAUUUUUUAUUUUUGGCGAUUUUCAUAUAGUGAAAUGGUUGUUGGUAGUCUGUAAAAUCUCUAGCACGGAUCACUAAGGCUAUUGCUGCUUCAGAAAUGGAAAAUCGAUUAUUACGUUUAGGUUAAAUUACUUAUGUCUGUAUAUAUAUAUAUAUAUAACUCCUAUUUUUAUUUAUGUACGUGUUCAUUAUUUCACCUGUUUGUUUUUCCUUUUUGGAAAUUAUUGAAGUUACUGACUGUUGGCAAAUCCUCUUAAAUGACAUUUGAUACCAUGUAAAAGAAAAGAAACUGCAUUUUGUAAAGUUAUUCACCUUUAAAUAGUUUUGUUUUUUUUCGUUUUAAUGUACAGACACUUUUUAUUUUAUUGUGUAAUAUAAUUGAUUUCGUGUAAACGCAAUUUUUUUUUAAAUUUUAUUUUAUAAAUAUAUUUUAAAUGCCUACAUUUUGAGUGUGCAUUCAGGAAAAAAAAAAACAUUUCUAAAUCAAGGUGGGCAAACGGAUUUGUAGUGAGAACUUGAUUUACAGGCGGGGUCUGCUCUCAAAAGCAAACACUACUGGCAGACAGAAGCAAUGAACACAUUUUUAGCAUGCUGCAUUCUCUCCUCUGUACAUAUCCAGCAUUUUGUUUUGCUUCUUACUUUUUACAUUUUAUUUAUGGCAUACUACCAUACUGGACAUUGCAAAGCCUCAAUGAGUGACAGAUACUUGCUUAGCCAAAUUACAGUAUUGAGAAUCUUCAUUAGUUGCCAAUACAUCAUACCUCUCAUUACAGGUUCCUAAAACCAAGAGAUAAGCCAAAGUAAAUUAGUCACAUGCAAAUAUGUUCACGUUAUGAUUAUGGUACUUGUCCUGUCUUUCGGGGGGGAAGCAAAUGAAUUGAAAUUUUUUUUUGUCACUAUUUUGUGUCUCUAUUGCAUAUAAUGUCACAGAGUGCCUUCUCCAUUGUAGUUCAAUAGGACCCGGAUGGGAAGAUUUAACUUUUUAUCCAGGGAACUCAUUUUUGUUGUUGUCAAUCUCACACAUUUUUGUAAAGGGUUCAUUUCUUUGUAAAUAUGUACAUUUUCUUAAAAAAAUAAAAAAUAAAUACAAAAAAAAGUUGAAGAAAACAAAAUCUGAAAGCACAGCAGCCACUCUGAAUCAAUCUAUUACCAAUACUCCACAGAUGCUGUCUUGUACAUAAAAAAAAAAAAAAGGUACUUGGAGAUUAAAUAAACUCUUAUACACAUUG